AUGCGGAACGUUUCAGUGAAGCCUUCGGUCGAGGUCGAUUCUAUUCCAAAUAAUCCCGACAGUGUGGAAAAAAAUGCUACACCAGAGACAAAUCGAAUCCUUGACAUGUACAAAGACUCAACCAUCCUGAUCACUGGUGGCACAGGAUUUCUCGGCAAAGUGCUGCUGGAGAAGGCACUCCGGUGCUUGGACGUGAGAAAAAUAUUCAUCCUUAUCCGCCGGAAGGAGGGACUGAGCGCGGAUGAACGACUCGUCAAGUUGCUGCAGGAUGCGAUAUUCGAGAAAGCCCGCAACUGCUACCGGAAUGAAGGCGAGCUGCUUGCCAAACUGGAAGCCGUGCAAAUCGAUCUGGAGAGCGACCGGCUCUGUCAGUGUGCCACGGAAACCGAGGCUCGGCUGCUGGAGCAGACGGAAAUCAUCUUCAAUGUGCUGGCCUCGGUUAAAUUCAACGAAACAAUACGAAAUGCACUACGGACGAAUGUGGCCGGUACCAGGAAGGUGCUCCAGCUGGCACAACGCAUGCAACGGCUUCGGUCGGUGGUGCACGUAUCCACGCUCUACUCUAACUGCCAGCGAACGGAGAUUGAGGAGAAGGUCUAUCAGGAUAUUCCAAUGGGCUAUGGUGCGAUACUGCAGCUUGCAGACACGUUGUCGGAGCAAGAGAUGGAUAAUUUCCAGCACUGUUUUCUCGGUCCGAUGCCAAAUACGUACACUUUCAGUAAGAAAUGUGCUGAAGUGAUGAUCCAGGAUGAGUUUUCGCAUCUACCUAUAGGUAUUUUUCGACCUCCGAUAGUAAUUUCCACCUACCGAGAACCGCUACCCGGCUGGACCGACAAUCUGAACGGACCGUCCGGUGUGUGCAUGUGGACCGCCAAGGGACUGAUCCGUACGAUCUGGGGCAGUGCAACGAAAACAGCUAACCUAGUUCCGGUGGACUACUGCGUCAACGCCAUUAUUGUGGCUGCCUUCGACAUCCGGCAGCGGCAUUGGCAAAACAAAUUGCAGUACGAUAAUUCCGUGCACGAGAUGGAAGCAACACAACAUGACGAUAAAAAUUGCUUUUCUUGUGCCGUACGUGAACAGCAGGACAAACACAUUCCCACCCAGCAGGAUGGUGAAUUGCCGAUGUAUAAUUUUAUGUAUCCCGAGCACAGCCUGACUUGGGGAAGGUACAUGGAGAUGGCGUCCCUGGGUUUCGACAGUCGGUUGCAUCAACUGGUGUGGAACUAUUCAUAUGUGAUAACGUCGUACCGACAUGUGUUUCGGCUGCUAUCCUUUUGUUUUCAUACAGUUCCAGCUAUUAUAUUGGACACAGUCAGAAAGAUUCGUAGGAAAAAGCCUGUCUACCAGAGAGCCAUGCAGAAGACCAAUCGCUUUCUGGAGAUGAUGUCCUACUUUGGGCUCCGUCAGUGGACCAUUCGCAAUGGGAACGUACGUCGCAUGCGAACGUUGCUGUCGCGGGAAGAAACGCGGCUGCUGGAAUUCGACAUGGCAGCUAUCGAUUGGAACGAAUAUUUUGGAAGCUACAUUCCCGGCAUCCGGCGUUAUUGGUUUGGUGAAUGCACUGUGCAGGGAGAUCGCAGGGUACCGGCUGCUAACCGCAGAUUUCGCUAUAUGCAGCGGCUGUUCCAUCGUCUCGUUUGGAUCUGGAUUUGGGUGCGGCUUACGCGGUUGACAUCUAAAUUCGUGCUGCACAAUCUGUUUGCUAUUCUGAUUGCGUAGCUCCCAGCAGCGCGCAAUGAAGCUACACUUUUCACGAUAUUCAAAUCCGUCGGUGUUUACCUGUAGCAGGUAAUUGUGGGACGACACUACAAUUGGGAACUGUUUUGCAAACGGACGGUUGUGUAUCUCCGUAGGUGUGAUGAAUGUUAAAUUCAAUAA